ACCCGCCCGGCGCAAGCUCUGGCUCCCCCACUCCUGGCCCAAAGUCCGCGCUGCGACCCGGCCUGCCCCGCCGCCAGCUAGCCACCCCCUGGCUGAGCGCGCGUCCUGCCGCCUCCUCCGCGCAGCCCCUGACUGCUGUGCUCGCCCGGACCUGGGCCCCAACACUCACUCACCCGCCGCAGGCACAGGGGGCGGAGGUGGCCCUGGGCAGCUGGGGGCGGUCCGGGCGGAGCUGUGCGCGGGUGUCUAUGGCGGGGAGCGCGCACGGCGUGUGUGCGGGGACCUCCCGGGAGCCGGGCUCUGCUGGACAAGGGCGCGAUGUCCCCGGGAGAGUUUCCCCGGGGAAGUGUCCGGGCUCUCCUGCUGGCAGGCCCCUCACAGUGGCACAAGCUGUAUCCCAUUGCCCAGGGAGACCGCCAGUCACCAAUCAACAUCGUGUCCAGCCAGGCUGUGUACUCACCCAGCCUGAAGCCACUGGAGCUUUCCUACGAGGCCUGCAUAUCCCUCAGCAUCACCAACAAUGGCCACUCUGUCCAAGUGGACUUCAAUGACAGCGACGACCGAACUGUGGUGACUGGGGGGCCCUUGGACGGGCCAUACCGACUCAAACAGUUCCAUUUCCACUGGGGCAAGAAACACAGUGUGGGCUCAGAGCACACGGUGGAUGGCAAGUCGUUCCCCAGCGAGCUGCACCUCGUUCACUGGAACGCCAAGAAGUAUAGCACCUUUGGGGAGGCAGCCUCAGCGCCCGAUGGCCUGGCUGUGGUCGGUGUCUUCUUGGAGACAGGGGAUGAGCACCCCAGCAUGAACCGUCUGACAGACGCGCUCUACAUGGUUCGGUUUAAGGGAACCAAGGCCCAAUUCAGCUGCUUCAACCCCAAGUGCCUCCUGCCUGCCAGCCGGCACUACUGGACCUACCCGGGCUCCCUGACAACGCCCCCGCUGAGCGAGAGUGUCACCUGGAUCGUGCUCCGGGAACCUAUCAGCAUCUCUGAGAGGCAGAUGGAGAAGUUCCGGAGCCUGCUUUUCACCUCAGAGGAUGAUGAGAGGAUUCACAUGGUAAACAACUUCCGGCCGCCACAGCCACUGAAGGGCCGUGUGGUCAAGGCCUCUUUCCAGGCCUGAGCCGCCUACCUGCCCAGCUGGCCACUAGAGCACCAUUUUCCCAAGGGCUUCCACGUCAGCAGACACCAAACCAUCUGAGGCUCCCUGCCUGGGGGGUGCUGUGGACCCCCCUCCCAUUCAGCUGGCUUGCUCCUUGGCCACCCUGGAGGAUUCUUAAUGGGACCCUCAAGUCAAGGGACACCCUUUGGCUGGGGACAGGAAGGACAGGAGCUGAGCAUGGUCCAAGCCUGAGGCUGCCUCUGCUCUCCAAGACCCAAAGGUCCCUGGGAAUCUCCUCCCGUCUUCCCCACUGGCAGUGACAGCAGCCCCACCCUGAGCUCACACUGUGAUGGACGAGACCGAGCUCCCUGGGGCAGGCAGCUGACAUUUCCAGAAAGACUCAAGCAAUAAUUAGAGGUGGGCAGAGCUGCCCUCUCGGCGUUACCUCUUCUGCAGGCCUCCGCCAUGCACGAACCUCACUGCCGGGCCAUUAAAAUCAGCACCCAGCCUGCUGGAGAUGACAUGGCCUUUUCCCUCCAGCCACCUGCUGCCAUGGGCAGACACUGGCUAUGGCUUAGGUAGUUUCUUCCCUCAUCCCCUCCCAGCCACCAAAGCCACCUACAUGACAAUCCAUCCAUGCAAUGAUUAAUAAACUCAUUUAUUCCUGCAACAAAUA